AUGGCUACAACGCAGUUGAAUCCGGCAUCCGCCUCGCCGACGACGCCAACCUCCGCCGCCCCCGGGUUACGACGAAGCUGUAUCUUUUGUCGCGCCCGCAAAAUCCGCUGUUCUGGUGGCCAUAUCUGUAGCGCCUGUCGAGAACGCAAUAUCAAUUGUGUCUACGGGCCCGAAGCUCGGAAGGGUCGGCCUCGACGCAAACCGUCCGGCUUCGAUCGUCCCCAACGGCUGUCGCCGCCUACCAGCAACCCCGGCGAUGCAGAGUCUUGCGCGACCACCCCGACUCGGCGUCAUCAGAGUCCCGUCGACAAUGGACACACGCUGGGUCAGGACUUGGAGCAGAUGUUCACCGAAUACUUCAUCCAGCAAUCCGGAUCCCGCUCGAAUCUGUUCCAGAAUUCCAUCGCUGCCUUCCACCGACAGAUGGGCCGAUCGUCUCCCAGCUGUCAGUCGCCAGUCUCCCAAUCGCGGUUGCAAUACGAAGGUCUUUUGUCUUUCCUGGCCCAUGAUAUGGUGGAAAUGCUACUCGGCUUCAGCAACCUGGGAUGCGAACGGCCUCAUGCCGUCAACCGAAGCUUCUAUAUCACCAGCCUGGCCGCCGAUACCACGCAGGAGAUGUUUGACCCGCCUCGCACCAUGAAGAAUCCCUUGUCGGUCUUGGGGAAGUACCGGGUGCUCCAGCUGGUGGACCUGUGGUUUUCCAUGCACCCGCUCUCCCCGGUGAUUUCCAAGACACUGCUCAUCAGUGAGAUCAAGGACGAGACCGUGGAUCCCGCCCUGUUGGCGAUCAUCUUGGCCGAUGCCUGUCAGCUGCAUUACGGUACUCCGGGCCGGCCACGCGAGGGGGAUGGCCCCGGCGUGGACCAGGAAGACCCGGACACACUGAUUCGGUUUGCCACUAGCCAUCUACGGCCGCGCGCGGCCUUGUGCGGCGAGUUAGAUCCGCUGUCCACGGCGCAGGCGUUGAUCCUCAUGGGGUGGCGGGAGCUUUGCCUGGGAAACGCACGUCGAGGCACCUGCUACGUGGGCUAUACCUGUCGCAUCGUAUCCCGAUUGCACAAGAUGUGGGCCGACGAGUCCUCGAUGGAAGUGGAUAGCAUCAAGUUGAAUGGAAUCGACGUCGCGUUGGUGAAGCGGGAGAUCUUGCAGAACAUCUACUGGCUGUGCCUGUCGACCACGACGUGGUCCUUCAUGCAGAUCAAUCAGCCGUUUUCGCUGCUGCUGCCGGAGGAGAUCCCCGAUUUCCCCAGUAUGGAUGAGUCGCUCUCCCCGAGUCUCCGCCUCGACCGGGCCUCCGACAACAUCUCCACGCUGCAGGGGCAGAUCCGAACGAUGCAAUGGCUGUGGCCGCUGAGCCACAUCACCAGCACGGUGGCCCAUAUCUAUACUCUUUUCCUCAACGUGUCCGGAGCCGACGAGACGCCGCGUACGGAAAUCGCCCCGUGGCAAACCCAGCACAUUCACGAGCUGCAUCAUCUACCCCAGGCCUGCUUCGACCCGUCAGUUCUAUCCCGACAUAUUCGGCGCAUUCUACUGCAGGCCAUCCAGGCCGUCGAGCGAGAGGUCACACACGUCGCCUCGCAAUCCUUCCUAUUGACCGCAUACCACACGAUCGUUAUCCACAUGCUCUUCGCCCGACACCGCCGAUGCCACGAGUCCCUCCACGUCACCCCGGUCACCGUCCACGCUUUUAUUCAGUCUGCCACCGCACUGCUGGCGAUCGCACGGCGCUCCCCACCCAUCUACUCGAGUCCGGUCGCUUCGCCGCGCAUGACCGGCGAUAGAGGUGCGGACGGUACGCGCACGAUCGCUCUCGGUCUGGAUACCUGCAGCCGCGCGCUGGCACACAUCCACGGGCAUUCCCAUCAGUGGAGGGACGGUGACGACGAGGCCACGGCCGCGAUCCCGGCGCAAUUGGCAGACUUCGCCCACCAAAUGCACCAGAUAUGCAAAGGCGACUCUCUCCUGUCUUCCGGUCCGGUAAUUCGCCCGGUCAAGAGACGGUUCAAACAGCUGAAGGAGGCCUUCUCCGCGGCACAGUCGCCACCGAACGGCAGGUCAAACCCUAUCUCUGUCAUGGGCGAGACCGCCAGUCCUCCAUCCGUGUCGACCGUCGAGGAUGCGCCUGCGCUAGGAGCCGGUUACUCCGGGAUAUCUCUAACACAGCCCGCCGCCAGCCCGUCGCCGGCACUGUCUGAUUGUCCACCCGAGCUUAUGGACUCUUACUUCUUCCUCGGAGACCCCGACAUGGGCUCUCUGCUCGGCUUGACCGGAUUCAUCAAACCCGGACCAGGUCCUCGUUCGGAUAUUCUACCACCUCGGUCGGGUCCCUGCGCACACACCACCCAGUCCCACCCGUCCAUCUUCACUCCUAUCGACUUCUACAGUCAUGACAAUCUUCUGAAUAACUCCGUAUCUGCCAAUGGACAGAUUAAUGCCGACCUUCACUCCAUCGCAGAUCCUUACGGUGUUUCAUUUGCCCCCAGACCCCGUCAGACUCUCGCUCCAACAAAUCAUAUUUCCUCCGAUUCGUUAGACUCGGCUUCGUCGGGGAGUGACAUUGCCUCUCUGCGGAAUGCAGAAAGGACGACGGUUUCUCCAUGGGUGCUACCCUCCUCAUGGCUAGAGCCAUUUGGCCCACCGCCUGGGAACCAGACGGACGGGCUCUUCCGAUCCUGA